AUGGUUAAGGACGUAAGGAGUAAGAUGAGUUUGUUUGUUGCUGAAUUUGGUCGUUCUUCAAGCAAAGAGUGCCGGGCAGCAAUGCUUAUUAGGGACAGGGACAUUUCGAGGUUGAUAUCUAUGUGGAUCAGGAAUCAGAAGGGUCCUGCUCUAUCAUCUUCUAGUGUACCUGCACCUACAAACAAGGGUGAGUACUAUAGUCAGAAUUCCAGAGUUAAACCUACAAAUUCAUCGGGUAGUGUGGCUCAAGGUGGUAGUAAGUCUCCUGCCUACGCCAAGUGUGGUAGAAAUCACAUUGGUGUUUGUCAUGAGGGAGAUGGUAGUGGGGGCAAUAUAGCCCAGUCUUCAUUAGUUGCUCCACCGGAUAGGGCUGCACCUAGGGGAGCUACUUCCAGUACUGGCGGGGCAACAAACCACUUAUAUGCUCUCAACAAUUGCCAAGAGCAUGAGAAUUCUCCAGAUGUUGUCACUGGUAUGAUUCAAGUCUUUGACAUUACUGUUUAUGUGUUGCUAGACCCAGGAUCGAGUUUAUCUUUUGUAACUCCAUAUAUUUCCAUGAACUUCAAUAUUAUUCUUGAGCAACUUAGUAAACCAUUCAAUGUUUCUACACCUGUUGGUGAGUCCAUUCUAGAAGAGAGAGAGUCUAUCAUGAUAUCCCAUUCCAUCAUUCACAAGAGUACCGUGGUUGAUUUAAUUGAGUUAGAUAUCGUAGAUUUUGAUGUUACUCUUGGUAUGGACUAA